AUGGGUCACCUCACCUUUAGAUUCCCAUCCAUCAUGAAACUUGUGGUAUGGUGCUUCCUUUUGACAUUCCAUAGCUCUGCAGCUCCAGGAAAGCAUAGCUCCCAUGCUCUUGCUGAAGACCGCCUCUUCAAACACCUCUUUAGGGGCUAUAAUCGCUGGUCACGCCCAGUUCGGAACACUUCCGAUGUGGUGAUCAUCCGCUUUGGGCUCUCCAUUGCCCAACUCAUUGAUGUGGAUGAGAAGAAUCAGAUGAUGACGACCAAUGUCUGGCUGAAACAGGAGUGGAAUGACUACAAGUUGCGCUGGAAUCCAGCUGAUUAUGGAAACAUCACAUCGAUCCGGGUCCCUUCAGAGAUGAUCUGGAUUCCUGACAUUGUGCUCUACAACAAUGCUGAUGGGGAGUUUGCAGUGACUCACAUGACUAAGGCUCACCUGUUCUUCACGGGCACAGUGAAGUGGGCACCCCCAGCAAUCUAUAAGAGCUCCUGUAGCAUUGAUGUGACUUUCUUCCCCUUUGACCAGCAAAACUGCAAGAUGAAGUUUGGCUCCUGGACCUAUGACAAGGCCAAGAUUGAUCUUGAGCAGAUGGAACAGAUGGUAGACCUGAAAGAUUACUGGGAGAGUGGGGAAUGGGCUAUCAUCAAUGCUGUGGGCACCUACAAUACUAAGAAGUAUGAUUGCUGUGUCGAGAUCUACCCUGACAUCACCUAUUUCUUCAUUAUCCGGAGGUUGCCUCUCUUCUAUACCAUUAACCUCAUCAUCCCUUGUCUCCUCAUCUCCUGCCUCACUGUCCUGGUGUUCUACCUGCCAUCAGACUGUGGUGAGAAGAUCACCCUCUGUAUCUCAGUCCUGCUGUCACUCACUGUCUUCUUGCUGCUCAUCACUGAGAUCAUUCCCUCCACAUCCUUGGUCAUUCCACUCAUUGGUGAGUACCUACUCUUCACCAUGAUCUUUGUCACACUCUCUAUUGUCAUCACUGUCUUUGUCCUCAAUGUUCACCACCGCUCUCCAGGAACCCACAUUAUGCCCCAUUGGGUGAGGGUUGCCUUUCUGGGCUGUAUACCUCGAUGGCUUCAGAUGAAUCGGCCCCUUCCUGUCCUGGAGCUCCAUCACAGUCCUGGCCACAAGCUCAGUGCCGCUCAUCGUUGGUUGGACACCAAUGUAGAUGAGGAUGAGAAAGAGGGUGAAGAGGAGGAAGAAAGCUGGGAAUUUUCUGGACAUUCAUCACCAGUAAUUGAUACCCUCUAUUGUCACUGUGGCCAUCACCAUGGGUCUCCAUGUUCCAAGACAGGGACUCAGUUACCAGGGUCUGGAUUCCUUCUGCCCCACAGCAUCCAAAAAGCCCUGGAAGGUGUGCACUAUAUUGCUGAUCAUCUGAGGACUGAAGAUGCUGAUUUUUCGGUGAAGGAAGACUGGAAGUAUGUUGCCAUGGUGAUCGACCGGAUAUUCCUCUGGAUGUUUAUCAUCGUCUGUUUCCUUGGGACCAUUGGCCUCUUUCUUCCUCCACUUGUAGCUGGCAUGAUCUAA